CGCCGGGCCCGCCCCGCGCCGCCUCGGCUUACGGGUCUGAGCUGCUGGCUGGGGCCGCGCAGCAGCUGCCGGAAGCGCGAUGCCUUGAACCUGGGGUACUAUGUGAAAAACACUCUGGAUUUCAAAAGACAUCAACCAUCAUGGGACAGCAAAUUUCAGAUCAAACUCAAUUGGUUCUUAACAAGUUACCAGAAAAAGUAGUAAAACAUGUCAUGUUGGUUCGAGAGAGUGGCUCCUUAACGUACGAAGAAUUUCUUGGGAGAGUAGCUGAACUUAAUGAUGUAACUGCUAAGGUGGCAUCUGGCCAGGAAAAACAUCUUCUCUUUGAGGUACAACCUGGGUCUGAUUCCUCUGCCUUUUGGAAAGUGGUUGUACGUGUGGUCUGUACCAAGAUUAACAAAAGCAGUGGCAUUGUGGAAGCAUCAAGAAUUAUGAAUUUGUAUCAGUUUAUUCAGCUUUAUAAAGACAUCACAAGUCAAGCAGUAGAAGUUUUAGCACAGAGCUCCACUUCUGAAGACCCUGAUGAAAAUGCAUCAUCUGUAGUGUCUUGUCAGGCCAGUCUUUGGAUGGGAAGGGUGAAGCAGCUGACUGAUGAAGAGGAAUGUUGUAUCUGUAUGGAUGGCCGAGCUGAUCUCAUCCUGCCUUGUGCUCACAGCUUUUGUCAAAAGUGCAUUGAUAAAUGGAGUGAUCGACACCGGAAUUGCCCUAUUUGUCGCCUACAAAUGAGUGGAGCAAAUGAAUCUUGGGUGGUAUCAGAUGCACCCACUGAAGAUGAUAUGGCUAACUAUAUUCUUAACAUGGUUGAUGAGGCAGGCCAACCCCACAGACCAUGACCUUGGGGUAAAGGUCUUUUGCUAUUGAGGGCUACAAAUACUUUGGUCAUAGGGUAGAAUACAGGGGCCAUUAGGCACAGAGACAGAAAUCAGUUUAUCCCCCCCCCCCUUAUUUUCACUAUGCUGACAUUUUGUCCUAUUUCUUUUGAUAAAAUUUUCAUGUCUUCCAUUUAUGGUAAACUAAAUUUUGCUACUGGUUAAAUUUUCCUAUUAUUUAUCUGUUCUGAUAUAUAUAUUAGAACUAAUUGCUCUUGAAUCCUUUGCUGAGGUAACAGCAACAUUCCAGCGGCUUCUGAAACAGUGUUUUUCAGAGCAAGAGUAUUUUGAAAUUUUUUUAGUUAUAAAGUAAACCUUGAAUGUGAAAAGCUGUAACCAUUUGAGAAAUGUUAAAUGACUGAAAAUGCAGAGUACAUCAAAGUGCAUGUUACUACUUGUCUUUCUGCUGGAAUCUAAGGAGUAUGUAUGCCCCCUUGUGGUUAAUUAUCGCUCCUUUAAUAAUUUUUUUACUUGAAAUGAUCCAGUUAUUUCUUAACUAGCGGUGUGUUUUGGAACUACAUACUUUUUACUUAAGAGCCUUUUCCCCUGUGCUGUAUAAUUUGGGUGAAGACCAAAAGGUUGGGCAUGGCUGGUUGUAAAGGGAUCCCUGCUGGGAAUAUUCUUGGCUAUACUAGAAGUGCUUUCCCUCAGCCAGGAAACUUCUAAAUCACUUUUGAUAAUUCUUGUGCAUGUUGGAUUUUUCAGAAGGAAAUAUUUCUUCAUCACAGAUCCUAAAUUUUAUAUGUCCAAAUUAUGAAGUCAUUCGAUAUUGGUUUAUGGUGCUUUUGUUUUCUUAACUUGAAGGAAUCUUUCUGAGAUCUCAAGAGUCUUCAAAUUUCUUAGACCAAGAGAAGAGAAAAUAGAGUAUAGCUUUUUAACCAUGUAUAUACAUAAAACAUCUCUCUGAAAAUUAGGAGAUAAUUUGGCUUUCUUACUUUUUCAAUGUGCUUCCUUUGAAAUGCUCCGAAUGAGUAUAGUCAUGAUGGAAUUAUGAUAUUAGUAGCACUUCAACCAUUGUUUUAAAUUUUGCUUAUAAAGUAAAAUUCUUAUGUUAAAAUUUCAACAUAUAAUAAAACUUGGACCUGAUGUCUCCUUUAAAAAGUACAUUAUAGGUCCAUAUAACGUUCCUGACUUACUCUUGGUACAUUGCAAAUAUUAAUUCUUUCCUAAGUACCAAUGUAUAUUAUUUAAAUUGCUGCUUGUUGAUGGCAGAAUUUUAGAAUACUAGCAUUUUAAAAUAAUACAGACAUGCAAAUAAAAUAAUGAUAUGAUGUCUAACCAAAGGUAGCUCGAUUUCACCCCGAGAUUAUUGAUAACUAAUUGGUUGACAUUCAUGAUGGGGCAGCUGAGUACUAAACACAGGAUAGUUACACAAGCAGCGUUCCAAAGACUUUCAUAGUAGCCUAGCAAUGUACUGCAUUAUUGUUUGACCUUGAAAAGUUCCCUUCUCUCUAGUUUAUAGGUUCCUACUUUAGAAACUGAGACUUUAGUCUGUGGUUUUCACUUUAUUUUAGCAGUAGAAUUCUGAGAAUUACUCAGAAGCCCUACAUACAUAUGCAUACACUUACACUCCCUAAGCCACUGUAUAAAAGUCAAAUUAAUUUCCUUAUAUAAUUUUUAUAUAAAACAAGUAUUAUCAAGUUAACCAAUCAAAACAUGCACUAAUGUAUUGGUGAUAUCCAGUAUAUUAAAAUUUGGUGGGAACACAGUUAAAAUGAGUUGUUUUUAAAUGAACUUUCUUUUUUUUAUUAAAUUCAAGUCAUCUUUAUAGAACUGUUUCCUUCUUGGAUUCUUAGUGUUCCUUGGGACAUAUUUUUGAAAAUCUUACAAUUGAUGAUCCUUCUGAAAUUUUACCAGCUUUAUGAUUUUAAAUUGUCCUUCUAGAUUAGACUUUCUGAGUCUAAUUCAGAUUGCCUAAUUGAAGACAUUUCUGAAAAUGAACAAAAUUGAUUUACAAAUUAUUGGAUCUUUGCAGAUAUAGCCAAUGAUUUUAUCCCCUAGAAUCUUUCACCUUUCAAGGAAUUAUUUAACAUUAAGCCCAGUACCUUGAUACCACCCAUACUUUAUUUUCUGGUAUGAGUUCCAAGACACUAAAUGAUCUACUGUGAAAAAGAAGAUAUUUUCAUUAGCUUUAGCUAAUAAAUAAGCACAGUUUUUGCUUAUUCCAUUAAGCUGGGUGAUAGUUCUUUAGAUGUGAAUGUUAGGAAGGUUCCAUUGUAAUAACUAAUUAUAAAAGUUGUAUAUUUGUUUAAUGGGUGAAAUAUACUUUUUAUAUCUGUACAGCUUGUCUUUUUUAAAUAUGAAGUAUUAAAUGCAAUUACUAUGUUAGGAGAUAUAAUGUGUGCCUUCUAGGAUUUGUGAAAUGGUUUCAUGAACUCUAAGAAAUUUGUUUCUAAGCUAUCAAGUUUUCCUUAUCCUCACUCAGUAACAAAGAAUUUACUCAUUUUAAUGCUAUAGAAUUUUAGUUUAGAGAAAAGGACAUAUCUAUGUACUGAAUUUAGGAGUUGAGAGUAAUGGCAUCUGUUUACUAUUAGGACAAACUGAUAAAUUGUGCAAUAAAUAAUCUUUAGCAAGUAAA